AUGGCUGACAGACAGGGAGAAAGACCAAACACCUUGGCUAUUUCUGUUUCUACCUUCUAUAAAAAGAUACCAUUGCAGAGCCCAAAAAAACAGGCAUACAGGGUAAUAGAGGAGUUUCCAAACUCAAGUGAGGAAGACUGUGCUUCUGGUAGCAGUGAUGAGGAAUGGCUGCCAGUACAGACAGGUGCAAGCAGAGAAGUAGGUUCAAGCAGUGAUAGUGAAGGUGAGGAGUCUGGAAAUGUUGCUGAGGGAGUUGAGGCUGAGGAAGGAGAUGAAGCUGAUGAAGGAGAUGAGGCUGUUGAACCUGAGGGACCACCUUCCAGGGCCCAGGGGAAAAAAGCAAAAGAAAAGAGUGUCAGAAAUAUCUGGAAAGCUAAGGAUAACCAGUUUGAGGGAGACCUGCCUCCUUUCUUAAGAGAGAGCAAGAUGAAUGUUGAGGGAGCAGAUCCAAUAGAUUUCUUCAUGCAUCUUUUCACCCAGGAUAUGAUCAAUGACAUUGUACACAAUACAAACCUUUACUCUGUCCAGAAAGGAAAAGAGAAGCUGGCAUUGACCUCAGAGGAGUUCAAAACAUUUCUUGGAAUCAAUAUGGUAAUGUCAUAUGUCAGAUAUCCUAGAUCCAGAAUGUACUGGUCAUCAGAGACAGGACUUCGUCUUGAACUGAUAGCCGAUGCAAUGCCAGUGAACAGGUUCGAGCAAAUUCUUAGUUACAUGCACUUUGUUGACAACUACUCACUGGACCCCAAAAAUGCUGACAGGUUUGUCAAAAUCAGACCAGUCUUGGAUGCACUCAAGGAAACCUUCCCAUCAGCACUUGACCCAGAAGAAUUUCAGUCGGUCGAUGAGAUGAUGAUUCCCUACAAGGGACGCCUGUCUAUCAAACAAUAUGUCCCCAAAAAACCCAAGCCCUGGGGAAUUAAAGUGUGGGUGCGAGCAGGAUCCUCUGGGUAUAUGUACAACUUUGAACCCUAUCAAGGUCCAGCUGGGGGACGAGGUGAGAUCAGUCAGCUGGGAAUGGCUGGAGAUGUAGUCAUGCGCCUUUGUCAAGACAUUCAGGACAAGAACCACAAGAAGCAACAGGCUCCAUGGAGCACAAGAAAAGCUGAAAAGAGAAAAGCAAAUGAAGCAAGAAGGAAGAGGAUCUGUCUCUGUCGUGACAAUGCACAAAACAUCACUGUCACCCGCUGGUUGGAUAGUUCAGUUAUUCACAUGGCCUCUUCCUGCACCGGCCUGUCCCCAACAGAUGUUGCACAGAGAUGGAGCAAAAAAGAGAAGCAAAUGCUCAACAUCCAAAGGCCAUUUUCCGUGAAGUUGUACAAUCAGCAUAUGGGUGGAGUAGAUCUCAUGGAUCAAUGUGUUGCCAUGUAUCCACACCGACGCAGAAACAAACGGUGGUACAUAAGAGUGUUCUUUCACUUCCUUGAUGUCACAACUGUGAAUGCCUGGCUCCUUUAUAGAAUGUCUGGAAAUGAAGCAAAGGGUCUGCUGCACUUCAAGGCGUCAAUAGCUCAUGCUCUUAUCAAUGCAGGAUCCAUGAAAAUACACACCAGAGGCAGACCCAGUGCCACUCCACCACAGGCAAAACGGAGAGCCGUGUCUAAGGCCCCCCCUGAGAUCCGGUAUACCCCUGGAAACCACUGGCCCCAGCUCAAGGAAGCAAAAAAUGCCAGCAGAUGCCAAGAUGCUGCAUGCACACGAAGAACCAAGUACAUCUGCAUGCAGUGUCUUGUAGCUUUGUGCCCCGGAUGCUUUGGCAACUAUCAUAGAAAAUCUCAGAAAUGA